CCCGCUGCUCCUCCCGCUGCCGCAGGCCCUGAUCAGUUUCGGUUUCCAUUUCCCCGGCGCUGCGUUCCCGGCGCUGCCCGGGCACUCCCGAGCUGUCGGCGGGAGAGGGAUGGCGGAGGGACGGCGGCGGCAGCGGGGCCGGAGGUGCGGCAGGGGAGAGCGCACACAGUCGCAGAGGAAUGAGGAGGUGCGGUGCUCAAACCAUGAUGAAACGCAUAAGCUCAUUCUCUCCCCUAACGGGAAACUUUCUGAACACUGGGCUAAAGCUUCAGCAAACUGCCCCAAGACAAGGCUGGUGAAAGAACUGGGAAACCGAAAUAUUGUUCAAAUAGCAUGUGGGGACCAGCAUGCCAUGGCACUAUCCAGAGGGGGUCAGCUCUUCACCUGGGGCCAGAACACCCAUGGACAGCUUGGAGUGGGGAGCCAAACCACUCUUACUCCUGAACCACAGCUGGUGGAAAGACUAAAGGGCAUCCCACUUGCUCAAAUUGCUGCUGGAGGAGCUCACAGCACCACCGUGUCACUGUCUGGAGCUGUGUACUCCUGGGGAAAGAACAGUUUUGGACAGUUGGGACUUGGAGACACGAAAGACAAGGACUGCCCAACAUAUGUUGGAGCUUUAGGGCACUGGAAGGCUAUAUUUGUCUCAUGUGGGGCAGAUCAUACUGCAGUUCUCUCCAAGGAGGGGCUGGUGUGCACCUUUGGAGCAGGAGGGUCUGGCCAGCUGGGUCACAACUCUACCCGGAAUGAACUCUUGCCUCGUGUGGUGGCUGAGCUGUGGGGAGCAAGGAUUUCACACAUUGCCUGUGGCAGACAGUACACCCUGGUCUAUGUUUGUUCCUUGGACAAAUUCUAUUUCUUUGGUUCUGGUGAUGAAGGACAACUGGAAGAUGAGAGGAAGCCCAAUCAGUUGAUACCACUUCCUAUCAAUUCACCAGUGAAUACUGGAAAAUCCUGCCAGAAAAAGGGUGCAUCAAAAAAAGGGAUUAAAAUUACUGCAGGAUUACACCAAAGUUUUGUCCGUUGCAAGGAGGGGAACAAGAAUUCGUAUUUGAAUGGAAUUGCCACUCUGGAGGAUAAAGAAGUGGAUGCAUGGAUUUCUAAUUCUAAAUGUUGUAGGAGUAUAAAAAGGAAUAUCAGACUGAUCUUUUCAUCUGAGGCUUGCAUCAAUGGAAGCUUCCUGGACAAAAGAGACAAACACUUCAAAACUUCCAAAGAAGUCUCAGGUGUAGACAUAUCAGAAGUGAAACGUUUUUAUGGGAAGAUCAGUAAAAACCAAACAGUCUACCAAGAGGUGCAAAAGGAGAUUAGGAACUUACUGCCGUUGUUGUCUUCCUCUCCCAUCUCACCUGAAAAUUUCAGAGUCUACUUGAUCUUGCCUUUCCUUCUGCAGGGGAAGAAUGAAGAUUCUAUCCUAUCUCUGAUCCUUCUGGCUGAAGCCAUCAUGAAGCUCCAGCCAGAGGGCCUGCAAACUCUUGAAUGCCUAUGGUCAAAUUUAGAAACAUCCAUUUUCAAGAAGCUGGUCAUUCUGUACCAGAGGGUUUCCCAGAAAAUUCUGCUCUCAUUUGUCCAGAAGAUCAUGGCCACGGGUCCAAGCCACCUCUUCAACCUGGACCCAGUUAAAACUGGGCCUCUGCAAAUGCUGCAGAUGCUUUACCAGGUGAACUCCAGAACUGGUUUCAGAAUACAUGAAAGCAACUUCCAUGUACAUGAAGUGGGAGCGAUUAUCAACAUAUGUUCACACUUCAAUAUAGUAACAGUCCUAGAGAAGCUGAGCAAGUACCCAUGUAUCUUUGACAGGGAAAACAAGAUCAGCGUUCAUAUUACAGAAUGCAAGGCUCUGUCCAAGACCUCUAUUAUACCCUUUAUUCAGAUGCCCUUUACAUGGAUCCCUGAGGCAUGGAAUUUUUGUGUCCGAAGACAAUGCCUUCUCCAAGACAUAUGGAAAAAUUUAAAAUCUGCCUCAAACCAAGACUUCAGGAAGAUGUUAAAGGUGUCUUUUUUGGGUGAGAUGGGGGUGGACGAAGGUGCGGUGUCCCAGGAGCUCUUCGGUAUUGCAGCCAGGACCCUCUGCCAGCCCAGCACCAGCGCCUUCUGCCACUUCGCCUCCGGCCUUGUGUGGUUCCCCAGACAGGCCCCAAGCUGUGAGGAUGAGGACACCUUCCUCUUGAUCGGGACACUGUGUGGAAUGGCACUGUUUAACCAAUGCACGGUGCCCUUCCCCUUCCCCAGGGCUCUCUACAAAAAGCUACUGGACCUGGCUCCCACCCUAGAGGACCUUGAGGAUCUGCUGCCAACCAUGGGCCGGAAUCUUCGGAAAAUUUUGAAUGAAGAAAGUGAUAGCUUGGACUUGGACUUCACGAUAAUGGAAGGAAGAGAUUCCACAGAUGUUGUUGAACUUAAAGAAAACGGUGCCAACAUUCCUGUCACUAAGGAUAACAGGAAAGAAUAUGUUGAUUUGUAUGUGAAUUAUAAAUUCAAUAAAUCAGUACAGAAGCCAUUUGAGGACUUUAUGCAAGGGUUCUUAAGAGGCUGCCCAGCUAGAAAUUGGAAGAUGUUUUUCCCUGAAGAGCUGCAGAUUCUUCUCCAGGGACACACAACAUUUGACUGGCAUCUGCUGGAAAAGAAUGUGAUAUACAGACAAUAUACAAAGUUAGAUCAAACCAUCAGGAAUUUUUGGACUGUGUUUUACAAGCUACCAGAAGAAAAAAAGAAAAUGUUUCUUGCUUUUUUGUCAGGAUCUGAUCGAAUCUCUGGCUAUGGACUGGAGUGUUUUAGAUUUUGGAUUGCAGAUCCUCAAGUAGAAAAUCCAGAUGAGAGCCUUCCCCGUGCCAAUACUUGCCACCUGAUUUUGUUCCUCCCUAGAUAUAGCAGUAAAAAAAUACUCAAAAAGAAGUUGCUUUAUGCCAUAGAGCAUAAUGAAGGUUUUGGCCGUGCCUAACUCUGGGAUAGAAGCACUUAAAAGCAAAAAUAAGAAUAUGAGUCUUUAUUCACUUGCCAUAUUUUCUCUUAAUAACUCAAAUUUACUGGUUUCUACCCUGCUUUAUUUUUACUGCACUUUAUAAACACCUGAGUGCAUGUAUUUGCUGAGAUUUUACAUUGCUUAUAAAAUUAAGCUUCAACCAGAUAUUUCAUAGUUAGAUUGUAAAGUUAGGAAAGAAGAAUCCUGUUUGGCACACUUCAGAGAAGCAAGCUGAUAACCAAACAUAUUUACAUAUAUGUGCAGGCAGGGUCUGCACUGUUCUGGUUACCUUAGGACAGUGAACUCCCAGCAGCAGGGAUUCUGUGAUUUGUACAUUUAUGCAUUAGCAAGCAUACAACCGGGAUGUGCUAAACAGUCACUCUUGCAAAGCAAAGCUGGGUUAAGGUUUUCAUCUGUGUUACUUAAGGGUUCUCAUGGGAGCAACUAACACAUUUAAUGAGAUUGUGAAUUGAAGGAGGAGUCUGUGCUCACCUGGAUAUGGUGUAUGAUUUAUCUGAGAGAAAUUCGUAGGAGGAUUUGAUCAUGCCUAGAGUUUUUCAAAAGCUGUAUUAAUGAAUUAUAAUAAUACAAUUUUUUGUUAUUUAGUGUGAUAAUUGUGAUAUUUGUCAUGUUUCUUUAUAUCUUCUAAGGAGAUGUUUCACAAUUAAAUCAUAAAAUCUUAGGCUUGCAGAACAGCACUGUCUACAGAGCCCUGUGGACAUAAGGCUGGCAGAGCUUCAGGAAUCUCAUUGUCAAAACAGUGCAGAACACUGGCAGGGUAUUAACCAUGUCAGGCAGGAUGUGUGUUUACUGUGUAUUUUGCUACGUGGAGAGAGGGAGAGAAACAACAGCCAUGUUUUUCAGCAGUCUUCUCUUUGGUGUGUUAAAUGUGUUGGGGGACAUCCAUAUGUAAAGAAGACACUGUCUUAAAUUAAAUGAUGAUGGAUUAAAUUUUCACCUCUGUA